CCCACAUCGAUGUCAUUUUGUAGCAGGCUUGUGUAAUAACCUUGCGACUGAUAUUGUGUCUCCGACGGAUAUAAAUCUUUCUCGAUGUAUAGCGACACACAUCCAUAAUGUUCAGACAAUCCAAUUAAACCCUCCAAUGAUUCAUCAUCUACUAUAUCAUGAUCAAUAUAUUCAUUCGCUCCCAUAGGGCAUCGAAUUUUGUAUUUAAGACAACAUUCUUCUCUAUUACAAUUUACUAAACGAUACAUUCUCCUCUCAAAAUUCGUAUAGGUCGUAUCUGAACGAAUCGCGAUUAAUUUCUUACGACCACCGAAAUAUCGGGGACCAUUUCCAUCCAUAACUAACUGUCCAUCCCAAUGGACACUAAGAGACAUCCGACGACUAGCCAUUUUAACUACACAGGAAAAAGAAUCCUAAUUAUUUCCAACAACUAGCAAUAAACCUCCAAAAGAGGUUUCUAUAGUAGAAUACUAAUUAUUUCCAAUCUCGAAAUCAAAUCAAUUAGUAACCAAAUAAGCUAUUCCAAUUAGUAACCAAAUAACCUCCAAAAGAGGUUUCUAUAGUGCAUUUGUGCAUUUGUGCAUUUCAAAGGCAUAAGGCUCUUACACAUGUGCAUUUGUGCAUUUAAAAUAACCUCCAAAUUAUGCAUUUCAAAGGCAUAAUGCAUUUGUGCAUUUGUGCAUUUCAAAGGCAUAAGGCUCUUAUUUCAAAGGCAUAAGGCAUUUCAAAGGCAUUUACAUUAAACCUACACUAGAGUUAAACCUACACUUACAGUUACAUUAAACCUACAUUUACAUUAAACCUACACUUACAGUUAGAGAAGCUUACAACAACUACAUUUAUAUUAAACCUACACUAGAAAACACACCUGAGAGAGGGAUGGGCAGCGACCUCGGCAGGGGCGGCGGCGGCGACGUCGGCGACCGUGGGCGACCGUGGGCAGCGACCUUGUCACGGGCGGCUGCGACAGGGGGCGACUUUGGCACGGGCGGCGACGUCGGCGACAGGGGGCGGCGACGUCGGUGACACGGGGCGGCGACCUCGGCACGGGCGGCGGCGACAGGGGGCGGCGACCUCGGCACUGGUAGCGGCGACGACGGGCGGCUCGUGGAGAGAGACAGAGAGAUAGAGAGAGAGCGUGAGCGGGAAAAGGAAGGGAGAGGUAUCGGGCUCGGUCUGGGGUGGGGUAACCUAAUUGAAGACGGUGAACCGUUCACCGUCUUCAUAAGACGGUGAAUCGUUAACCGUGUAAUGAAGACGGUAGACAGUUCACCGUCUUAUCUAGGAGUCCAACCAACCGUGUUUAGUGGAGCCGAGAUGAGACGGUGAACGAAUCACCGUCUUAUGGGUGUUUUAGCCCCCUGUCCAGCACUUGGCGAAAUUAGGCUGGGUGGAGUUCUACACUAAAGAUGGUAAAGUUUUCAGAUAGAUAGGCGGUAAACCAUUCACCGUCUUCGACAAGGCGGUAAGCGAGUAACCGUCUUCUCAGGGUACGCCAAGAGAAGACGGUUAACCAUUUACCGUCUUAUCUGGGCACCAUGGGCUAAGCGGGGAAUUGCUGAGAAGGCGGGGGAAUUGCUGACGGUGGUCCACGCCUCGAGAAGACGGUUAACCAUUUACCGUCUUCAAGAAGUAUACACGAAAGACGGUGAACGAGUCACCGUCUUUGUGAUAUAUGCUGAUGUGGCAGCUGAGGUGGCGAGAGGAGGGUUAGUUUCACAAAUAAAAUUUUCACAGGGUUAGUUUGGCAAAUAUGAAAUUUCACAGGGUUAGUUUCAAAAAAAGUCCUUGUCCGAGUAUCACGUAGUAAGUACCAAGUAACUGGGGUGGCUUGUUAUUAUAGAUAAGAAAUUGUGUCUCGAAGUAGAAAUGUCGUUCCCACGUCCCCCAAAACAAAUUCCGACCUGCAUCGCGGCAGGUGAUUAACAGGACGCGCGGGAGAGCUUGCGCUCUUCUUCCGCAAGAAAUGAGCUGAAAGUUGUAAAUUAAAGGAGUCAGUCAUAUAGAGGCGGAAGUUGCGAGAAAUCUGAAUGGGGAGGACGGCGGGGGGGCGGCAGGCCCACACGGGAUUAGGGCGCCGAAGGCAGUCUCCCCCUCCCUGUUUCGCCUUUUCUCUUUUCCUUCUUCAUUUCCUACUAUUAUUUAUUAUUAGUUUUCCUCUUUGCCUUUUGUCUCUACACGCCGUGUACAAUGAGAGGUGAGCCCUCCUCGCAACCUACUUCGUCGCCACAAGGUCACUUCCACAUCCCAUCAUCCCCACUCAAAGAAGAAUCUCUACCGGGAAAAUUAACUACAUUUGUUCUCUUCUGCUUUACUUUCUUUUUCAAAAGCACUCACUUCCCAGAAACUUCUCUCUCUCUCUUUUGGUGACUAGUAUUUAAUUAAUCAGAUUCCAUCGCACCAAAGCAUCAGAGAAGCACUCAGAGAAGAGAACUUGCUAGCAACGAUGGCGGACGUAGUGAGCUCGAGCCUCCUGAGGUUGGUGUUUGACAAGCUGGGAGCCCAGGUCACGAAGGAGUUCGGGCUAGUGAUGGGCGUCGAGAAAGAGCUGAGCGAGCUGGAGACGACCCUCACCGCGAUCCGCGACGUGCUCGCGGACGCGGAGGCGCGGCAGUCGCAGGAGCGAGCUCUCGCCGGGUGGCUGAGGAGGCUCAAGGACGCCGCAUUCGACGCCGACGACGUGCUCGACGAGGUCGCCGCCGCCGAAGCACUCAGAAGGACUUCCCGGCGCCGGAACGGAAGCGGCACGAAGGCGGUGCUCGGUAAGCUGUCUUCCCUCCCCAACUCUAUCAUGUUUCAGUCUAGAAUAGCCAGGAAGGUUAAAAAAAUUAGGGAGAGGUUAGACAAGAUCGCGGACGAGAGAUCCAAGUUUCAUUUACGUGAGGGAGGAGUGGUACAUGAUUGUAAGAUAGAGAAUUCGGCGAGAGCGGAAACUGGGUCUUUCGUAGUCGAAUCGGAGGUUUACGGUAGAGAGGAGGAUAAAGAAAUGAUAGUUGAGUUUCUGCUGGACAUGUCUAGUGAAGUUGAUCCUGGGGUUAUUGGGAUUGUCGGGUUGGGAGGGCUCAGUAAGACGACUCUCGCGCAGUUAGUCUAUAGUGAUCGAAGGGUGCGCGGCCAUUUCGAGAAGAUGAUAUGGGUUUGUGUCUCUGAUGAUUUUGACUCUAGACGGCUUAUUAGAUCGAUCGUGGAAUCUGUAACCGGAGCGAAGUUUGAUCUCACGAUCAUGGAGUCGAUGCAGCGUUCGCUUAUGGAAAGGCUGGAAGGAAAGAGAUUCUUGUUUGUGCUCGAUGAUGUUUGGAAUGAGAAUUCUGAGAAGUGGGAUAGAUUGAGGACUUUGCUGACCGUCGGCGGCAGGGGAAGUAAGGUCGUAGUGACCACUCGGAGCGUAAGAGUUGCCUCUUUGAUGGGCACGGUUGAGCCUCACAUUUUGCGCGGUCUAUCGAAGGAUGAUUGCUGGUUGUUGUUUGAGCGGAGAGCAUUCGGGUUGGAUGCCGGAGAGAAGACAGAAAACUUGGUAACCAUCGCAAAAGGGAUUGUGAAGAAAGCCGGCGGUGUUCCCUUGGCAGCAAAGGCUUUAGGUAGUUUGAUGCGAUUCAAGAGGAGGGAAAGUGAGUGGUUGGCAAUUAGGGACAAUGAUAUCUGGAACUUACCUGAUGAAGAGAAUGAAAUUUUACCCGCCCUAAGGUUGAGUUACAAUCAUUUGCCAUCACACUAGAAGCAAUGCUUUGCAUAUUGCUCCAUAUUACAAUAGCAAUGAUGCAUGGGUAAACAACAGUAAAUAGGAAUAUAACUAGCCGCUACUGUAAUACCAAACAAAGUACAAGUAUGCGUCAACCAGACUAUAGGUCCAAAAAUACCCAAUCUGAAACCACUGCUCUGUUGGUCCGCAUCACAAACCUCAAGCCUAUGCCCACUGCCACGCUACCUGCAUCUGACCCAGCCUAGGCCGCUGGCCUCACGGGUUGGCACCUCCAACCAUUUUUCCGAAAAAGAACACCCUCUUGCGGUGUAUCAGACCGCUGGUGUUUGUGAAAUGCGUACAAGUCUCGGGCGGUCAAUACUGAUAUGCUCAAAGGCCAACCGUCGGCAACCAGCCGACAAUCACCGCCCCUCGGGACAAACCGACCAAUAGGUCAUCAAACUGUAAGAAAGCAUAAGUACCGAUCACUCAGGUCAACUAGGAUGGAACAACUUAAUAUCCUCCCAAAAGUAUGCAAGUACUGCUCAAUGUCAACUAAAUGUAUACGCAAGAACCGACUGAUAGGUCACAAGAGUGUAUCAAUAUAAUCCAGAAAUAACGUCAGCCACUAGCCGACAAUCCUACCCCUCAGGGUACACCGACCUCAUAGGUCAUCAAACUACAAGAGUCACGAAACUGACUGAUUAGUCACAUACAUGUCAAAUAGUGGAUCUGAGUAAACUAUAAUCCUCUGUCGGCAACGACUAGCCGACAAUCCCACCCCUUAGGGUAUACCGACCUCAAAGGUCAUCAAAUGACAGGAGUCAUGUAACCGACUGACUAGGUCAGAGAUACACAUGUAGAUAAAACCUGCUCUACUUUUACUCACAAGCCUAGAAAUAUAAAUAAUCAAGUAGAGCGAUAAAUAGAGAUAACCAGGUGUUAAGCUCAACACGAUAUAUGAAUGCAUGUAGAAUAAUAACAGGAGAACGAGGGUAAGAGGAUAUCACCGAGCGUGCACCACUGUACCGACUUCGGAUCGAAGUAUCCACCUGUACGAAUGUCGCACUUG